GCUCCGCAUCAGCCGUCGGGACGCGGAGAAGCAGUCACGGGGCGGGCAGUGCCCGUGGCCAAGCCUCCACCGCCCCUGACUGGGAGAGCUGGCAAAGUCCAGUCCCUGUAGGGGGCGUUAUGUGGACCUCAGCGGGCUCUCGUCCUGUCCUCCUCGCUGCCUGAGCGGAGCAUGGACUCACAGCGAGACACGCAGCCUCCCCAUUCCUGUUAGGAAUCCCAUCCCCUCUGUCUCCGGGACGCGUCUGACGCGGGACUGACGGGAGGGAAACCCAGGGGCUUAGGCUGGCCCCUCAGAUUGAUGGAACCUCCAGGUGUCCUUUGCUACGCUGGGGGCAGGCAGGGACCCGUGCCCGGGCGCCGGGGCUCUUGGGACAGGUUAGCUGGCACAGCUGAGGAAAUGCCUCCUGACUCAGUGGAUGUGCUCGGGUCUUUUCUUACACUUUGGAUUGUGCAACUGCUGACAUUGGUUCUGAAAUGAGAAAGCUUGCUUUGGGCUUCUUUUUUUUUUGCCAGCUGAGGCUUGUAGCCCUGUACAAAAGGUAGCAUGGCCUGAAACAAUGUCUUCAGCUCUCUAUUCGAAUUAACUGAGUGUCUUUAAUAUCUAGGACUCCUCUGCAUUUUGCUUGUGUGCUCAGCCAAUGCGGACAUCAUCCAAUUUCUAUCAGUGAAGAAGUGCCAGCUAAGCCCACAUGACAAUUUUAAGAAAUCACCUCUGUUGAAGGCAGUAGAACACCAGCACAAAGAAUGUGUGGCUAUUCUUCUGGAGUAUGAUGCCAAGCCUGACCUCAAAGGUGCUGGCAGCAACACUGCCCUGCGCCUGGCUGCCAUUGUUCCUGGCAAACCCCUAGCAGAGCUGUUACUCGAGUACAACGCCCAUAUUGACACUCAGAAUGAGUUGGGGUACACUCCACUUGCUGCUGCCAUCACUGAGCACAAGGAAGAGAUGAUCAAGUUCUGUCUUCAAAAAGGAGCUGAUGAGACAGGCAGGAAAGGUGAAGGGUUUGUCAAAAGCAUAUGUGGGAUUCCUUUGCAUUGUUUAAGUUUGAUUAGUGGGAGGCAUAGGAAUGACCUCUGAAAAAGAACCAGGACUUCCCCAGAAGGAGCUCUUUCUGUGUGCCUUGUCAAUGCAAACUCACACUUCGUUGCUCUCUUACCUCAGGAGAUGAUUUCUGCACUGAGGACCGCAAGAAGUUCUUGGCUAUGGUGCCACACACAAAUGCAUGAGUGUGCAUACAUACACAUGUUCCAGAUCAGCCCUGGGCAGGUGGCUGACCUGGAGAAUUCCUGAGGUCCCACUAACCUGGCUUCUUUGACACUUCUAUGUGUUUGGUUGUACUUCUGCUCUGCCUGUAGGACAGGCAGGGGAAUUUAUUGUUUGGGGAGCAAAAACUGAAGUAAUGCCAGUACAGUGUCUGCAGAAGUUUCUUAUCAUCUCUUGGAUGUCUCAGGACCACUCUUAUGGUUGCUGUUGCUGCUGGGAAUGCGAAUGCAAUGUGAGUUCAUCUUCAGCAUGGUGCUUAUCUUCUCAUAAAGACUCCAUGGGCUACACAGCUCUGGAUUUUGCCAAGCAGUUGAAAAAUGCUGACGUGUGAGAGACCUUUCUACUGCUGACAAGUGUAGAAACAAUUUACAUCUGGCACAUGAUCUGAUACAGAACAAGAGAGAGACCCAGGGAAAUACAAGAAAGAGCAAUCGUAACAAAAGAUGCUUGAAAACACAGGAAGAAAAUUAAGGACUUUUCCAGCCAACUCUGAUAGCCUAUAUAUCUCUGGAGGACCUGCAGUGGCAUUGCUAGAGGUACAUAAACCUGGACCAUGUAAUUUUAUUUCAAGACCUUACAUCUUAAAGUGGUUGCCAAUGGACAAAAGGCCUGCUAGAAUGAAGGAUGCACAGUUAGAUCCAGCCAAAUGCAUCAAGACAAGGAAAAGUGUUAUUGGAGGGGUGGAGACAUUUCAUCUGCUCCUGCAGCUUAUUAUAUACUUGACUGAGAUCUCUCUUGCCAAAAUUUAUCAAUGUGAAAAGUACAAAAAAAAAAGAACUCUAAAGGGAAUGAAGUUUAAUAAGACAUAUGGAUCAUGUUACCUUUUGUAAACGGGCAUUAAGCUUGAAGCCACUUCCGUCUGACCUGAUAAACAAAUCCCCUAGAAACAAAUCUACAAGAAGAAAAACUAGUUCCCUAUACUGGCAUUCAGUAAGGAGGCUUUAAAAGAGAAAAUAUUACUGCUAAGCUUAGUAUUGGUUAAUCAAGCACUUGUUGAAAAUUUGAUUUACUUGCAUGUGAAGAGAAAGUGACACAGUGGAAUUUGGUAAAUCUUCACCUCGCUACCUUGGUAAGUUUAAUCAUAGACACUAAUUUUUCUGCAUGUGUGUGGCAUAUAUAUCUGCAUUUUUUAAAAGAAUGUAUUUUCUUUACAAAUCUUUUACUGCUGGGAGAUUCUACUCAAAAAAGUAAAACCUAUAAAGUACUCAUAAAAAAAGGCAUAAGCUUCAACUUAUUUUUAAAAAAAGAAGCUUGGUAAACUGAAAAGCAAAAAAAAAUCCUAUUUUUAAUAUAAGACUUCAAUGAAAAGAUAUCUUUAAUAUUUUCUGUUUCUGUAACAGAACUCUAUUUGCAUGAAUAUCAGGAAGCUCCAUGCCAACCUGCAAGAUUCCGCAGGGGAAGAGGUAAUUAUUAAAAAAUAUAAAAGAAAAAAACCAACCAAAGAAAGAGAUUGCCUGACCAGACAAUGAUCAGUCUUUAUUAUUUCAUUAUGUAGCUUAGAUGUGGUUGUAAGUCACAAAAUAAAAGUCUUGAAAGAUUAGAAAGCAUCAACAGCAAAUCUCACAGCAAUAGUAUGCAACCAUAUUUUUGCUCAGAAGUAGAAAAUAGUGAUAAUGUCUCAUUAUUGUCAUUCAUGAGAGACCUUGAAUGUGAUUUUGUAGUGCUUCCUCAUUUUAAUGAACAUACAUGUUAAUUAGCCUUUAUCUGUUAAAGAGGAAUGAAUAGUUACUAAUAUAUUCAUGGCUAUUCACUACAGUUGUGAAGAAAGCCAUUUCCAUCAUAGCAAUGUGUUUUUUCUUCCUGUAAACAUUUGAAUGGUUGCCUUCUAAUGGCUGAAGAGUUUGUAAAAAACAAUACUUUGAACUAGCAAACUGCAUGAAAUAAUUUGUUUCCGAUCAUUUUAUAAAUCAAUCUGAUGACACUAUAUAAUUAGACAAAAAUCAUAUUCCAUCUGUGAUAUUCAAUAGCUCAAGAAAAAAGUCAACAUAUGUUUAAAACAAUUCUGAUAAAUAAAAGUGCUGAGAGAAGGCAGCAAUCAUGAACAGGUUUAAUAUUCCUCUUAGAAAGCAAAGAAGAUGAAUUAAAGAAGAGGUUGAAUUAAUAAUUUUCAUUUAUGUCUUGAAAUGUCAGUCCAGUUUUGUAGAGACUAGUCAUCAAAAUACCUUAAUACAGAGCUCCAUGAAUCACAGAACCUAAGGUUAUUUACUGAUCGAUCAGCAGAUAAGUUGUUUUGGCAAACUGUCGUCUUCAUUAUUUGAUUACAAUAUAUGUUUACUAUAAAAUAUUUUCCUGUUGAAAAGAAAAGCAAGAGUGAUUAGACUCACCUUACAUAACUGUUAAGUUCUAUUUGCUUAAGCAUGCAGCAAGUAAUUAGUAUUUGUAUAUAAACCAUUUUGCAGCCAGUAGGAGUCUUGAGAGUUAGUGACUUCAUUUUUAUGCCAUGUACAGCAGUAUUAGAGUCUCGCUAAUCGAUGUGGGAGGGGCAACAGGAAAUUAGGUGGCAGCAGCGCCAGAUGACCAGAGUUCCUCAUUACAAAGUUAGUCUUUAUCAACUAAUUAGUUCUGUUGACUGAUCCUGACACUGCUUGCACAAAGUCAGUGACUGUUUAAAAAGGUUGCUGAAAUAGGUUCCUGAAGCUGUUGAAACCUGCAUUUAAGCAAGAUUCAAAGCACAGGCAAUUGUUUCUGUACUAGUGCAUAUAUCUACAUUAUUUUGUUUAGAUUUUUUUCCACUUGCAUAUCCUCCCAUAUAAAAAUCCAUACAGCAAGUUUCUAAGAACCAUUUCCAAUCAUCUCUUGUCAAUGCACAAAGCUAUAAAUCUUUAUGCUGCAAAUAAAGAAUGCAACAACCAAGCUCUGAUUAUUCUCCGGACCUGGUUGAAGAAACCUGCAUCAGCACGGAACUUCUAAACAGGGAAGCUGUACUUCAUAAAGAAAAUGUUUCUUUGUCUGGAAGCAGCCACCCAGAAGAUGUGUUCAGUCCCUGCGAAACACAGGCAGUCUCAGUUUGUAUGGACACCAAUAUGCCUCCAGAUGGCUACAUUCGCAGACGAGUUUAUACAGAGUCUUCACGUCUGAAGGUCCCCACAGAGGAGUGCAUUGGGAACUACCAAGCACCUUUCCAGUUUGACCGGCAUGCUUUGGCCAGAAUUUCUACUUCCCCAACUUUAAGGCGCCUAAGGAUGUCCUCUGCCUCACAAGCACUAUCAUUUCAGGACAGCUCUGACACAGCUCAGCUGGGGAAUCAAAAGGAAUACACCGGCUCUCUCCACCACAUUUGUAAGAGUCCACCUCGGUGCACUACAGCUUCCUCAUUGUCACUGCCUUCUUGUGUCCAUGCAAAAUUACUGUCUUGCAAAGCCAAGUCUGAGACAACUAUAGCAGAUCCAGAGUCUUCCAGCUCCAGAUCAAAGUUGCCAAGCCAAAAAGAUCCUCUCAGCAAUGGUAGUCCCAAUGAGACACUCAAAAACUCUUGGAGACCCAACUCUGCUACGCUGCCUAGGAGUUUUCCCUACCCCAGCCCUACGCUACAGGAAGGUGUCCAGAGUGGAUUGCCUAUGCAAAGAUCAGCCGAGCGCAGGCGUAGCUCCGUGGUAGUGAGCUUGCCAGGACUCGAGGUGUUCCCUGGAGACCUCCUGGUGUCAGACAGUGCCAUGGACUACCUGCCCCAUGCAGCCCUGCUGCUAAGCGCAGUAGAGUCCAAGAAGUCAAGAUGGCCAUUUGCCAAAAAAGGAGUUGGUAAAGACAAACAGAAGCAAGCAUCUGAUCUGGAAAACUGUCUUUCAACCAUUAAGAUCAUAGACUGCAGCACAUAUGAUUUUUUCUGCUUUAAGAGUAAAUCUUGGCAUGAAUUUAUAAAGGCACAACAGACUGACCAGAAAGACGUCAACAGCCGGUUAGAAGUGAAAAAAGAAGCAGCGGUGUGGGAGCUUUUCACAAGUGAAUGCACUUACUUUCUGGAUCAUUUGCUGGUUCUCAAGAUGGUAUUUAUGAACACUCUAAAAUACCUCCAAAGUAAUGAAUUACUCUUGGAUGUGGAUUUGUGGAGGCUUUUUGCAAACCUAGAAGAGUUAAACAAGAUAAGUCUCAGCUUUGUGAAAAAUUUUUUUGAGUUUGUGAAGAAGCAUGUCAGCAAAUCAGACUCUCCUAUGGAUUUCAGCUCUAUACUCAGAAAGUUUUUUCAGGGUGAUCUCUGCCAGACGCACCAGAUUUAUUGCCUUAAUUAUGCGUCAGCUGUCUUCUACUUGGAAAACCUGAGACAGAGAGAAGAUUUUGGCAUCUACCUGAAACAGUGGUGUGAACAAAAUGAACAGUGUAAGAGGCUGCAUCUGCCAGAGCUGCUGGUCGCUCCUUUGCAACGACUGACGCGCUAUCCUCUCCUCCUUAACAACAUCUGGAAGAGGAGCGUUGAUGAAGCAGAGAAAAGCUUUAUCUGGUCUCUUAAAGAGAAGGUGGAAAAGUCCAUAUGGGAUCUAGAAGGUAAAGUCAAAUGGUUGGACAACUUUCAAAAGCUGAGGCAGUUGCAAGAGAUCAUAAUGUGGCCUCAAGUCUGGGAUCGCGACAAGAGAUUUUUUGUUCCAGAGUGUUUGAAGCAAAGCUUAAGAGAAAACAGCAGUGAAAACAUUUUGUCUUCAGCGAACAGACUUCUCCUUCAUGAAGGGAGGCUAACGCUAGCAGAAAGCACAAGACUGCUUGAAGUCUACCUCUUCUUAUUUGAUGAUUUUCUAUUAAUUACCAAAAUUAAACAUAACAAAAAGAAACACGGGGGCUCAGAUACCAACUUAAUCCCAGUCUGUCCUUCGCUCACUCCUGAGCUGCAGUCAUUCAUAAGAGAGGGUGGGAUUUGCACGGUCCUAGACCAGCCCAUCCCACUAGACAGACUGAUACUGAAAAACACUGACCCCGUUCACAUUACAGUCUUCAGCCUGCGAAAUGCUUUCCUAUUACAGCAUGAAAACAGGUAUCGCCAGUGCAUAGCAGUCUUCUUGCUACAAGCUCAGACAGAGACCAGCAAGAAAACGUGGAUGUCACAGAUAGAAAUGGCAAUCUCCAAUUACACCACACAACAUGAAACCAAGCAAAGCACAACUUUCUGCUUCCCAGCUGAAUCCUCUGAAAUUUAAUAAUGUCAGCACAGCACCAACAGAUUCAGUGGAAGACUACUGUGCUGAAAACACACUUAUUUCUCCCAGCAUGCCUUAAGUUUCUGAAGCUAACAGAUUUGACUUGACUAGACAGAGGUGAUGAGUUUUGACCACAGGAUGUUGGAAUAAACUGCAAGGGGAAAAUGAGCCAUGCAACAAACAGUUCGCUCUUAGAUACAUUUUUGUUGCAGCUAGAGGAAGGCUCUUUCCAUCCAGGGAAGUUUUAAUAAAGCUUGUCUUUUUCUAGAGAGCAGGAUGGGGAAAACCUACAUUGGUGAGGAGAAGUUAUUCCAGAAAAGUUUAGAAAGUUUAUUCCAAGAUCAAGCAAACUGUAUUAAUAAAUUUCACAAAAUUGAAAUUGUGUAGCCAUAGCUCCCUAUAGUUACCUCUACCUAUUAAAGAUGUUGAGGCUUUGGAAUGUCUCCACAGAAGAGCAACAAAGCUGGUGAAGGGGCUGGAGAACAAGUCUUAUGAGGAGCGGCUGAGGGAGCUGGGGUUGUUUAGCCUGGAGAAGAGGAGGCUGAGGGGAGACCUUAUUACUCUCUACAACUACCUGAAAGGAGGUUGCGGAGAGGAGGGACCUGGCUUCUUCUCCCAAGUGACAGGGGACAAGGGGGAAUGGCCUCAAGCUGCAUCAGGGGAGGUUCAGGCUGGACAUCAGAAAAAAAUUUUUUCACAGAAAGGUUCACCGGGCACUGGCAGAGGCUGCCCAGGGAGGGGGUUGAGUCCCCAUCCCUGGAGGUAUUUGAAAGACAGGUAGAUGAGGUGCUUAGGGGCAUUGUUUAGUGGUUGAUAGGAAUGGUUGGACACGACGAUCCAAGAGGUCUUUUCCAACCUAGUGAUUCUAUGAUUCUAUGUUUUCUGAAUUAACAUUGAGCUUGUGGAGGCAGAUCGGUAAAAGCACGUAUUGUGUUGACUCCCCACUAAUUUUUAAAGAGAGUUUAUUUAAUUUACUUUGAAAAAGUUCGUAAGUAUAUAUAACAUUCUGUUAAACUAGAGAUGGUACAGAAUAUGUAAACAGAACAAAAACGCAAUGAUGCCCUGUUUUAUUGGGAUUUUUUUUUAAUCUGAGGUCUUUCACUACUUGAUUAACAGCAGAUAUGUUAUUAUGCCUUGCUUACGCUCAUUGCAGCCUUUAGAGUUCAAAUUGCUUCACAAACUUGAGUGUUCCUUUUACAUUAAACCAUUUGAUACUUAACUGCUAUCCCAGAUCUGUGGUUCACAUAGCACGCGUGCCCCUGUUAAUCACUUCUUUCCCUCCCUUUUUUUUGAGUUACUGGAAGAUACCCACAUCACAGCCUGAAACCGCUUUCUACAACAUUCAUUCAGGCUGCUACCUUGGAAGGAGGCUGGUCUCACCAGGUUAGCUGAGCCCUUGAGAUUAGCCAUAGUCAAAGGAGAAAGGGAGACUUCCCUAAAGCCACUCUUAAGUGGCUCUGUCAAUUCUCUCACUUUCUGUGCCCAAUCAACUAGUCUCCCACAGCAGAGGUUAGUUGGACCUUAGAAUAGCCCCUCAGUGUCAGAAAUUACUUCAGGGGGCAUCAAACGCAGAUGAGUACUGAAGAAAUAGUAGAAGCACCAUUCCAGCUGUUUGUAUCAUUCAUGGGGAAAUCAGCAUUCACUUUACAUUCACCUCUACUCCACAGUGGAAUUACUCAUGAGUUCAGGUGUUGCCCCUAACCCAGCUCCUUCCAGCUCCACCCGUUAGGAUGUGACAGUACAUUUUAUCCACUUGAGCUGGUUUACCUGUACAUAUGAACUACGAUCUGGAAGCUGUAUGUCUGUACUUACCUGGUUCAGCACCUUCCAGAUGCAGCCUAGGCCCCUGCAGUACACACUCCUGCUCUUCAGCCUGUGCCUGUGAUGGACAAGCUUUUGUCACAGCUUCCUAGGAAAAAAAACAGGCUCUGUGCCAAAUGGUUUAUGAGUAAGGCAGGAGAGCAGAAUAGAGUGGAGACAGUAGAUCUGCUCCAGGACACCAUGCAAGCUGCAAACACAUAGCCACAACUUGGCUUACACAGCUGCACUGAAUGUCCCUGUGAUCCCAGAAUCUGCUGCACACUGUGUCAGACACUCCCCUGUCCACCUGUCCUUCUGCAAUGGUACAUUCAUGUUCAGUACUAUACAAUACCUUUGUCCAAUUCCUGGAGCUCAACAUAUCUGUUGGGGAGGGAAGCGGGAGGUGAAGCCCUAAGGAGUUUAGAAUAAUGCCAGGCAGCCCUUCCCUAAAGCUCUGUAGUGCAAAUGAAAAAAUAGAAAGCUAAAACUUCAGUCCUGAAACCUAGGGUACAUGAAACCGUAGAAUAACAAGAUGUCAGGAAUCCCUCACAUCCACAAAUCUCAACAGGACAGAGGAUACCAGGAACCCUAGAGAAACUCCAGGCAUUCCCUCAUGUAAGCUGCAGAACUCCGCCUGAACCCCACUUCACUAGUUAAGAGGAACCUGUAUUUAUAGAAUCAUAGAAUAGUUAGGGUUGGAAGGGACCUUAAAGAUCAUCUAGUUCCAACCCUCUGCUAUGGGCAGGGACAUCCCACUAGACAAGGCUGCCCAAGGCCACAUCUUCCCCGGGCAACCUGUGCCAGUGGCUCACUGCUCUCAUGGUGAAGAAAUUCUUCCUUAUAUCAGGCCUAAAUCUGCCCCUCUCCAGUUAGUACCUGUUCCCCCUUGUCCUAUCACCGCAAGCCUUUAUGAACAGUCCCUCCCCAGCUUUCUUGUAGCCCCCUUUCAGGUAGUGGAAGGUCGCCAUAAGAUCUCCUCGGAGCCUUCUCUUCUUCAGGCUGAGCAACCCCAACUCUCUCAGCCUGUCCUCGUAUGGAAGGUGCUCCAUCCCUCUGAUCAUCCUUGUAGCCCUCCUCCUCUGGACCCAUUCCAACAGCUCCACAUCCUUCUUACGUUGAGGAUUCCAUACCUGGACACAGUACUCCAGGUGAGGUCUCACAAGAGAGGAACAGAGGGGCAGAAUCACUUCCCUCGACCUGCUAGCUACACUUCUUUUGAUGCAGCCCAGGAUACAGUUGGCCUUCUGGGCUGCAAGCGCACAUUGCCAGCUCAUGUUGAGCUUCUCAUCAAUGAGGACCCCCAGGUCAUUCUCCGCAGGGCUGCUCUCAAUCACGUCAUCCCCCAUCUUGUAUUGAAACCAAGGAUUGCCCUGACCCAGGUGUCGGACCUUGCGCUUGGCCUUGUUGAACCUCAUGACAUUCACACAGGCCCACUUUUCCUGUCCAGGUCCCUCUGGACGACAUCCCAUCCUUCCACUGUGGCAACUGCACCACUCACUUUGGUGUAUUUUUUCUGCCACAAUCCUAAAAAUCCUUCUAAUCUGUAAUACUGCGUCAGAUGCAUGAGAAACAGGUGA